CAGCUGAUGAGCCGGCAAAUGUUUUCAUAACGCGCUUGCGAUUGAAAUUCAAUUGAAAUUCGAGUGAAUUAAGAAGGAAAAGAGGAUCAAAACCAUGUGGACAAGGACGCAGUGCCUCUGGCGCAGUGUGGGCUGCAUGGGCCGCCUGGGCCGCCGACAGCUGUGCGCCACGAGCGUCUGGCAGGCGCGGAUCUUCGCGGAUCGCGAGAAUCAGUUUGCCCACGGAAUUCUGAUGGAUUCCUUGAAACCCUACGCAAUCCUGCGACCGCAGGAAGCCAACUGGCAGGAUCUAGCCGCCACGGAGGGCUUCCUGCGGCCAUCAGAGGGGGAAGUAACCGCCUCGGAUCUGUAUGCCCAAUUCCUGGGCCUCGUGAGGCACUGCAUCCGCCUGGAGCUCCAGAUCAGCGACGAACGCUAUGAUGGCUUCACGCGCCUCUACUGCGAGCAACUGCAUCGCCUCAGCGACGAGCAGCUGCUGGGAUCGCUGGCCGCCUUGGCGGAGCUACCCGCACCGGAAUCCACAAAGAGCCGCAACUACAUGGAGCUGUGGAACACGCUGGACAUCGAGUGCUGUCGCCGCAUCGAUCGCUGGUCCAGCGAAAGGCUGCUCCUGGUGAGCGACGCCUGGUAUCGGCUGGGUCUGGCCAGGAUCGGCGAGUAUGUUUGGUUGGCUCUCAAGAAAUUGGGCCGCAAGUUGCGCAAACUGCCACCCGAGCAACUGGUCCACUCCAUGUUCCUCUGUAAUCUUCUCCGGCGUCCCGUCUUCGAGAUGUUCGACUUUGAGCUGAAUCUGGCGCGCUGCGUGGACGAGAUGAGCCUCUCCGAGCUGGGCGUCAUGGCCAUGGGCUUCUUCAAGACCCAGACGCCUAUAAGAAAUCCAGAACUCUUAACCCAAAUCUAUCAAAGGCUGGGCAACGAACUGGAAACCGUGGAGGACAUUCCUUUGGUGGCGCUGCUCAAGGUGCUGCGCUACAGCAGCAAGCUGCCGCAGGUGGAGCAGCUGAAGCGGCUCCUCGACGCCCUGGAGUCGCAGGUGGAGCGCGUUUCGCUGCUCACCUGUUUGCACAUGGCACUGCUGGGCUGCGAACUGCAGACCUGCAAUGAUGAGCUGGUGGAGAGGAUUCUGCUGCGUUUCGAGCGGGAAUUAGAGAGCGCUCGGCUGAAGGAUAUCGAGCGGAUUUGCCUGGUAAUGGCUCUAUUUAAUAUCAGCACCUCUUCGAAAGUGGAGACCCGUUUGGCGGCGAGGCUACCGAAUUUACUGCGCCAGCGAAUGGAGGAGAUCCUCCGCCAUCCGCGCUGCUACACCAACUGCCUGCAGUUCCUCACCAUGCGCGGCGUCUGCGAUUUGGAGCUCUUGGGCGUCGCGCUGGAGCCGCGCCUCGUGCAGCUCGCCUACCGCAGCGGUCUGCCUGGUCGGGAAUACUUCCAUCUGGACAGCUUCGCGCGACUCCUCGGCGAGCAGGAGAAGUACCAGGGUCCGCUGCUCAGCGAGCGGCAGCGCCAGCAGAUGGGUCGCCUGUACACGCAGUACAUCCCCGAGCGGAAUGGACGCUUCAAGUUGAACAGCACCGAUCGGAUUUUGCUGGAAAUACGGGAGGCACUCUCGCUGAUCCACCGUCCCGUCAGCUUUAAGCACAUCCUGCCGCAGUACGAUCGCUGCGAUGUGGUGCUCUGCUAUGAUCGCCGAGAACAGAAGGCCCUGCCCUUGAAUGCAGAGGCUUGCCAGGAUUACAGCGGCGAGAUUCUCACGCGCAGGCAUUUAAUAGGCGAAGCCAGGGCGGCGGAUGAGCAGCUGGCCACCGUGGCCAUCGUUAUUGCGGGCUGGAACAAUGUGAUUCGGGACAAGGAACGCUUCACGGGGCAAAUGGAAAUGAAGCUGAGGCAGCUAAGGCAGUUGGGUCAUCAGCCAGUGGUGAUCUAUUGGCACGAAUGGCGGGAACUGGAAACAUCGGCGGAUCGCCAGGACUUCCUGAGACGCCGCCUGAGCCAAGUGGCCAGGAUUUAGCAGG